UCCCUAUUUCACACAGUUUUCUCUUUCAUUUUUCACUCGUGGCUUGAUCUACAUUGUCUGGGGAAGACAAAGGCAGAAAUUUUAUUCACAAAAUUUAUUAUGAUGAUAACUGAUAGUACUGCAAUAGGAUUAAUUAAGAUUGCAGAGAACUUGACAAAAUAACUGAAUAUUCCCUGAAGACAUGUGACUAAGGAUGACUAUGCUGAAUUCUUGUUCCUCUUUCCCCCAAAUGAAGCGUUCUGUCCCAUACCGAUCAAAAUAAGUAACCAUGUUUGGGCUUGUUUUUUUCAUUUUGUUCACCCCUGGAGUCAGUGGAUUUUUUUGUACGUCGUCAGAUCUAGAAAUGUCAUAUACUUUUUGUGAUUCUGCAGCUCAUGAUUUCAUGUUUAAUGUGACACCUUGCACCAUGCUGAACACAUCCAUCUGGCAUGCUGCUCUUACCUGGGUUCCAAAAAGUGACAUUGCCUUUUUGAAGGUAGUCUUCACUGUCUGGUAUGAUGGUGCCAAAGCGUUACACUGGAAAGAAAUUCUUUGCAGUGGGGCCGACGAUGAGUACUAUGUGUGUGAAACGCUGAAAGGAGAAACAAUUGCAACAACAUUUGACAUUAAAGGAAAAAGAACAAUAUUUCCAAAGGGAGAUUAUAGUGUUAUUAUAGAAGCAUUCUCUGAUGAUUCUGAGAAGAAUAUGGUCAUGUGCGUGAAUUACACCAUGAUAGUGAAGAAAGAUUCUUUCUGAACGUGACAGACAUUUCAAAUAAAUCCAGGACACAGAGGCUGAUUCUGCAAGCAACUGGAAUCCAAUCUAGGAAAUAUGAAACACUCUAAUUUUCCUGAGGUAGAAAACAUCAUCUUCUGUGUGGAAAGCUACGAGAUGGAGAGUCUUAGCCAUUCAUAGCAUGGCUGCAAUAGGAUCCUCAGUCAAUGCACACUAAAUCUCUUGGAAUCAGGCAUCCCGAUGAUCCCACAAGAUAACUCCAUGUGGAUAUCAGAGAGCCACGUUUCAGUGUGGUGCCUUGAGUUAUGAAAAAGCCAAGUACUUCAGGCUAUGCUAAACAAACAUAAGAAUUUUUGAAGCCUUGAAGUGCAAGAACUAGAAGUUUGCCAGUACUCAACUUGAAAUAUAACAGCAUUUGAAUCUGGAAA